AUGCACAGAAGGAAGCCACCAGGUAUCAAUAAGUCAACCAAAAUCACAACUGGUAAUAAUACUGAGUCAACGUCUCAACCACAUCAUGCAAAAAAUACAGAGUCUCAGUCAUCGACAAGAACCUUAGAAUACACUAGUAUCUUGGAAACUGUUGAUAAUGACAACACUUCUACUACAUCGCCUUCAUCAUGCUCCUAUACAUCAGGGUCGGAAUCGGAAGCAGGAUCUGAGACUUAG